GUGAGUCUCAAAAGGGUCCAGACUAACGGGCCCCCUCUGGCUGUCAGCCAGCCAAUAGCGAUCUGUUUCCUUCCCCCCCCCCCUAGGCACCAGUGUUGCUUAUUUGAAAAAUGCUUUCCCGUGCCAUUCCCCUUGCCCAGACGGCCCGUCUGGUGGCCGCUGGCCAGCUGCGUCGCGCGGCCCCGGCAUCCGGCCUGAUGGUGGUCACCCGUGGCAUGCACGACUACUACGGCUACGUGUCGAACAACGCCACCAAGCUGCGUCCUCUGCCGCAGAACACCAUCAUCAAGUUCGUCCCCCAGCAGGAGGCCUGGGUGGUCGAGCGCUUCGGUCGGUUCAACCGCAUCCUGGAGCCCGGUCUCAACUUCCUGGUCCCCAUCAUCGAUCGUGUCAAGUAUGUUCAGAGCCUGAAGGAGGUGACCAUUGAGAUCCCCACCCAGUCGGCCAUCACGCAUGACAACGUCACCCUGCAUCUGGAUGGUGUCCUGUACCUGCGUGUGCUGGACCCCUACAAGGCUUCGUAUGGCGUGGAGAACGCCGAGUACGCCGUGGCUCAGCUGGCCCAGACGACCAUGCGUUCGGAGAUCGGUAAGAUGAACCUGGACAACACCUUCAAGGAGCGCGAUCGCCUGAACCACGCCAUUGUCGAUGCCAUGAACAACGCCAUCGAUGACUGGGGUAUCCAGUGUCUGCGUUAUGAGAUCCGUGAUGUCACCAUCCCCGAUGAUAUGGUCCGCGCCAUGCAGAUGCAGGCGUCCGCCGAGCGCCGCAAGCGUGCGCAGAUUCUGGACUCCGAGGCUUCGCGUCAGUCCGACAUCAACAUCGCCGAGGGUCGGCGCAUGGCCGUGGUCCUCGGGUCCGAGGCUCAGAUGGAGGAGUCCAUCAACCUGGCGCGAGGUGAUGCCCAGGCUAUCGAGCUGCGCGCCGCGGCCACCGCCAAGUCCCUUUCCCUGGUCGCUGAUGCCAUCCGCCAGGCUGGGCCGUACGGCCAGCAGGCUGUCGGUCUUCAGGUGGCCGAGCAGUAUGUGUCUGCCUUCUCCAACAUCGCCAAGGAGAGCACGACUGUGCUGCUGCCCGCCGGCAUGAGCGACCCCUCGUCCAUGAUCGCCCAGGCCAUGACCAUUUUCUCGAGCCUGAGCAAGAACCCGUCCUCCGCCACUCCGGAGCAGCUGGCUGCUGCUGCUGCUACUGCUUCUCCCGCUGCCAUUGGCGCCUCGGCCACUGGCACUGCCCCGGCCGCCGACAAGAAGCCCUCUGUUCGGGAUCCGGUUGCCGCGGAGAUCCUCCAGUCCAUCACCAAGUCUUAGAUAUAGCUAGCUACCCAUAUUUCCUGUUUGGGUCCCUUCUUUCUCGCCCUCUUCGCCACUGUCCAUCGGCGUGCGGUGUUUUGUGCGCACAUACGCAAGCGCAACCGGCAGAGAUGUACACCGACGAGGGAUGAUCCUUCUCUCCCCCUCCCCCCUCCUGUCCUAAUUUCCUUCUUUUCCUCUCCGGAUCAGGGGUGUGGGGGUUGUGCGUUCGCACGCAAAGGGAACCACCUUCCCCGGGCAGCGGCGACUUCCUGCCUCCACCAUCACUUCCCAUACCAAAUAUAGCACAUAACAUUCGAAA